GGAUAUUCCCACAAUGCAUCUGGGGAAGCUUUCCCGGUGCUGUUGCUGCAGAGCCAGCCGGCGCCUCGUCCUCGCUGCUCCCCCCGCCGGAGUCACAGCCUGGCCAGGGCCCCCCCAUCCGCUGUCUGCACAGCGCACCCCCCCGGCUCGUCCCGAGGAGACCGGCUUUCCCCUCCGCCCGGCAUGGCUCGCUGCCUCUGAGCAGGGCCAUGGAGGAGCCGGGCCAGGGCUGCCCCGAGGCUGGUGGGGGGCACCGGGCCCGCGCUGAGGAGGGUGCGGCGGAGAGCCAGAUCCGGAAGGCCGUGGAGUUCAAGGCGGAAGGGAACCGCUGCUACAAGGAGAAGAAAUUCCGGGAGGCCAUCGGGAAAUACCACCGCGCCCUGCUGCAGCUCAAGGGGGUGCAGGGCCGGGCAGGGGCAGCCAGCCCGGAGCAGAGCCCGCCGGACCCGGGGCGGUGCCCGCUGACGGAGGAGCAGCUGCGGCUGGUGGAGAGCACCGAGGUGGAGUGUUACGACAGCUUGACGGCCUGCCUGCUGCAGUCAGAGCUGGUGAACUACGAGCGGGUGCGGGAAUAUUGCCUGAAAGUGCUGGAGAAACAAGGCAGCAACUUCAAAGCCACGUACCGGGCGGGCAUCGCCUCCUACCACCUCGGGGACUACGCCCGCGCCCUGCUCUACCUGAAGGAGGCCAAGAGCCGGGAGCCCGCAGACACCAAUGUCCUGCGUUACAUCCAGCUGACGGAGCUGAAGAUCCUGCGUCGUGGGCAGCGGGACGGCUACAAGGAGCUGAUUGCAUAGGGCCCCCGCGGCCCCCCGGGCAGAGCGCUUGGUGCCCGGCAGUCUCCUCCUUUCCUUUCCCCCUCCGAGGGGGGGGCUCUGCGGGGGGUGAGUCCUAAUGCACGAUGACCCCCAUCCCCUGCCUGGGGCAGAUCCCCCCUGGCCCCCCCAGUGAUGCCAGGGGGAGCCCCCACAGCUCUGGUGAGGGGAUAAAUUGACCCCAUGGCAUCAAGCAAAUUGUCCCCCCAUGGCUUCCUGGGGGGGGACAUCUGUGGUGGGGGGACGGCACCCCCCCCCCCAGAACACACAAGCAGCCUGCCUGGUGGUGGUUGCAGCCCCUGGUCUGUGAGACUGCCCCCCCACCCCAGCCCCAUAGUGGAAUUUGAUGGGGUGGGACCCACCUUCCCCCCAGGGUUGUUAUGGCAUCAGGAGGGGUGAUGGGAAGGGGGGACAUCUGCAGAACCAGAUUCCCCCCCCACAGGGCCCAACUCCCCUGCCCCACCUGGCAUGGAGCCCCUCCUUUCACCACCCCAUGCCCCACCAGUGCUGGGGGGCAGAGCCCACCGCAGCGACUGUCCCACCCCGCCAGGGCCAGUUGCUGCCCCCCCACGCAGCUGAUGGCGAUUUCUCCCCCCCCCCCCCAAAUUCACAGCACGCCACGGGGCCGCUGGGCUCGUUUCCCUCCCUGCCCCCCUGUGGGGCCCAGCCCCCCACGAACAAGGCUGCACCCUGCCCCCAACAUGGGCCACGCAGGAUCCCGGGGAGGGGGUGGGGGGGCUACAGAAGGGUGACGGGAGGAAGAGGCCAACCCCCCCCCCCCCCAGCUGCCCCCUGCCCCACCUCUGACCGAGGAGCCGUAGAGCAGCUGGGCCUGUGCUGGGAGUGACGUGGGUCCUGCGGGGGGUGACGUGGGGGGCAGAGACCCGGGGGCUGCAUUUGGGGUGGCCGUGGACUAUGGCAUCGCUGUGAUUUCUUGUCGAGGGUUUAUUCUCCCUCCCCCACCGUAGACGCUAUAAAAUCCGUGUUGAUUUUC